AUGUGUAUAUUAUUUUUAAUUUUGUUAAUUUUUACAAACUCUAGUUCGUGUCUUUAUUGUAAAAGGAACUUUUUUCAACAUCUUUCAUUCCUGCUAGACAAACCAUCUGGUUCCAGCCAUGACUCAUCUGGUAAUCGCCUACAUCCUCAAAAAUUGCCCCAAAAAAGUACUAAAAAGGAGACUCAACUUGAAACAUUUUUGAAUCCAGUAACAUAUGAUAAGAUUCCUGUUUUUUGUGCUAAAGCCGGUUCUGAUUUAUUAAAAACUCCUGAUAAGCAUGGGAGUUACACUUAUUUUAUGGAUUAUGACGAUGCUUUGGAAGUUGUAAAUAACUACUUUGGCUAUAAUAGUCAAGAAACUGGUAAUCAAUUUGGAGUUGUAGAGUGUAUUAGUCUUAAAAAAUGGUUUGAAAUGGCAGAUCCAUCAAAAAAACGUAUUAAAAAUUAUAAAAUCCCCAAACUUUUGCCUUCUAAACACCAAAAUCUUAAAAUGGUAUAUAAAUUAAAGGAUGAAUAUGAUCAAGUUCCGAUUCCAGUGUAUUACUCGGUGGAAUUUGUCGUAACGACGAGUACUUUCUGGAGCUUUAUAACAGGUUCAAGUCAGAGGCGAAGUAUGGUAUACUUUUUUAAUUACCAGGAUUUAAUGGAUGCAAUUUUAAGGAUAGAAGAUAAAGCUGAAAGGAACAAGGCUCUUGGCAACAUCAACGUUACCUCUCUUCUAACUCUUUUAACUGGAAAUGAUCCUGGAAAAAUUUUGUUCUUUCCAAGCAAGCGUAGUAGUAACGCAAUUGCAGAAUUUACCCGUGAUCAUACACCGUGGUUAUUAUAA